AUGUCGCUGAUCGUCAAACUGCCAACUGCAACACUCCAUGCACCAGUGCUAUCAACAGGAUUUGCAGUGGGAGCAUGCACAUUAUUCACCCUGAGCUAUGUCGGCUCUCUCUAUCUUUCCCCUGCUGGUCGGCUGGCUGCGAGUAAAGAUGCCGAGGGGAAUAGCAUGCAUAGAGACCAUCCAAGCGUUAUUAGGGCAAGGAUGAAAACCGCUUCGCUUGCCACUGCUAUCAUCCUCGUUGCAACGGCCUGCAUUGUUGGGCUUAACGGCGUUGUUCCUCCUUCUGCUUCCUUCCUCCAUACUCUCAACAUAAGCAGACGGUUAGGAAUGCCACUACCAACUCCCUCACUCCUAACCUCGCGAAUACUGCCCUUCGAUUGCCCCCUGCCAACCUAUCUGGCUAGGAUAACGGGCCAUAUGCUCUCCCCCCUUGUGCUUACCUCGCUUUUGUUCCUCGGUCCUCUACAUACGCUUUUCCUUCGAGGCCAACUUCCAUUUCAAUCGCACUUCAGCCUCUCACGCUUCCUCGCCCCGCUUGGUACGCUGGCAGGAGUACGAAAUUUUCUAGUGGGUCCAUUGACGGAAGAGCUCGUAUUCCGCUCAUCCCUCCUCACCAUACUCUCUUUAUCGCCACUCUCCUCCAAGAAGAUGCUCGUUUUCGCCUCGCCAGCGUUCUUUGGCAUGGCACACAUCCACCAUGCCUAUAACGUUUACCUGCAACGUGGCAGCUCAAAAAAUGCCGCCCUGAGCGCCGCGUUCAUUGCCGCUGUUCAGUUUGCCUAUACGAUGGUCUUCGGUUGGUAUGCAAACUUUUUGUUUUUAAGGAGUGCAAGUGUCUUGCUUCCCACAGUGGCUCAUGUCUUUUGCAACGUUUUAGGCUUGCCUAAUCCCAGUGCGGAUUGUAAAGACUAUCCGAAGAAAAGGUUGGGUAAGUGCAUUUGGACAACGCAUGCGCUGGGAAUAGUCUUGUUCGCCAAACUCCUCUUCCCGCUCACAAGUGCCAAGCUGUUGGGGCCAAGUUUAUAUUGGCCAGAACUUUAG